GCGGGAUUUCCUGAUACUUUUAGCAUUUCGGCCUCUCUCGUUGAAGGGCACUUGUUCAAUUCCGUGCACAAGGGUCGUGUGUUGAAGCUGUCUGGCUUGCAGGCCGUCAGGCUUGUCAACUAGAGCUACUGAGCUUCAAUGUUUGACAGCUACUAUCCAACAUGGGCGGACACGACGCAGGAACCAGUCACCAGUUUACUGGUUUUGCCAAGUAUUUCAAUGCAUACACAAUCACAGGCAGGAGGAACUGCGUCUUGCUCACAUAUGCAAGCAUAGCCACCAUUGCCCUCUUCUUCAAGUUGAAGCCCAAGAAACAGGCGGCUGUCACGUCAAAGUGAUGUGUCCUGACUCUUCUGUAGUACAGUGGUUGGAAGUUUGGCGGCAGCUGGAUGUGCUUGUAAGAAAUAAGGCCAUAUUAUUUGGCAUCGCCGUGUUAUUAACAAUAAAAACUAUGUAAAAUUGAA